AUAAAUCAAAGUUUCGGAAUUGUCUACUUUUCUGCUUCCAUGGCGAUCUGCUUCAUUCUCUAUACACUUCUCACGAUCAUCUUCGCCGUAUCUCUGAGUUUAUCACUUUCCGUGAUCAAUGCAAGAAAGAGCAGAAAACGUGCGGUGGGAUUCUUCCAUCCGUACACGAAUGACGGUGGCGGCGGCGAGAGAGUGCUCUGGUGCGCAGUCAAAGCCAUCCAAGAGGAAAAUCCCGAUCUUGACUGUGUCAUCUUCACCGGAGAUCAUGACUCUUCUUCUGAUAGCUUAGCUCGUCGCGCCGUUGAUCGAUUCGGUGUUCACCUUCAAUCUCCUCCUAAGGUGAUUCAUCUAAGCAAAAGGAAAUGGAUUGAAGAGAGGACUUACCCACAUUUCACAAUGAUAGGUCAGAGUCUUGGUUCGGUUUACUUAGCGUGGGAAGCAUUACGCAAGUUCACUCCUUUGUAUUUCCUUGACACUAGUGGAUAUGCUUUCACAUAUCCUCUUGCUCGGAUCUUUGGUUGCAAAGUUGUUUGCUAUACUCAUUAUCCAACUAUUAGUUUGGAUAUGAUUUCUCGUGUUCGUCAGAGGAACUCUAUGUAUAACAAUGAUGCUUCCAUUGCUAAGAGCAAUUGGUUAUCUACUUGCAAGUUAGUCUAUUACAGAGCUUUUAGCUGGAUGUAUGGGAUGGUUGGGUCAUGUACUCAUCUAGCUAUGGUUAACUCUUCGUGGACAAAGUCACAUAUCGAAGUGCUCUGGAGAAUUCCAGAACGGAUUACACGGGUCUACCCGCCCUGUGAUACUUCAGGACUUCAGGCAUUCCCACUUGAAAGAUCUUCAGAUCCUCCAAAAAUCAUAUCCGUUGCUCAGUUUCGUCCUGAGAAGUCUUGUAUCAGGCUCAUAUGCUUCAGCUUGAGGCCUUUGCACUAGCCUUCUAGAAAUUAGAUGCAGACGUCCCUCGACCCAAGCUCCAAUUUGUGGGAAGUUGUAGAAACAAUUCAGAUGAAGAACGUCUGCAGAAAUUGAAAGACAGAGCAGUUGAACUAAAAGUGGAUGGAGACGUGGAAUUCUAUAAAAACGCCAUGUACAGAGAACUAGUGGAACUGCUAGGAAAUGCAGUUGCAGGAAUGCAUGGGAUGAUAGAUGAACACUUUGGGAUUAGCGUUGUUGAGUACAUGGCGGCUGGUGCGAUCCCAAUAGCUCACAACUCAGCUGGACCCAAAAUGGACAUCGUGUUGGAAGAAGACGGACAAAGAACCGGGUUUCUUGCUGAGACUGUGGAGGAAUACGCCGAAGCGAUCCUUGAGAUUGUGAAGAUGAGUGAAAAAGAGAGGAUUAAAAUGGCUGAAUCUGCUAGAAAACGAGCGGUAAGGUUCUCUGAACAACGGUUUUGUGAGGACUUCAAAACUGCGAUUCAACCCAUUUUCACUGGUCCUCUUAAAUGACAGUUCUCUGCUUACUGCACUAGCUUUUAAACGCACAAGACAAGCUAGGUUAUACCUUUUAUCCUCUCUUUAUAGUUUUUUUUUUUUUAGUUCUGGUUAAAGGUCUGACGUAGACGUUGUAAGAAACAGUUUGAUCAAAAGAAACGAGUAAGAUGUUCUCAUCCUGAUUCUAGUUUA